AGGGGCUGCAGCAUUUGCUGUGCCUGGGGGGAAGUCUCCUGGGUUGUUUUAGGGAGGAAGAAGUGUUUUAGGUUUUUUGGGGGUCUUGUUUUAAUGGUGUGAGCCCUCUGCCAUGAAGCCUUUGCCCCUCCUGGUGCUCCUUGCCCUGGUGCCCUUGGCAUGGGGACCAGCACCCAGGAGGCUGCUGAGCCCCCCCUGUGGGGCUCCUGGUGCUGCCCCAGGGGCAUGUGGAUCCUGCCCGGAGCAUCAGGAUGCAAAGCCAGGGGCAGAGUUUCCGUGGGUAAUGGCAUACGCAUCCAUGAGAAGCUGCCACAGGGUCCUGAGGGAUGCCCACGGGGAGUUUUCUCCUCCCGCAUACUGCAGCGAUUCUCCGGUCAACUUCUGGUGUAACUGGACCAUCUGGGCAGGCUCCAGGAAGCAUAUCGUCAUUUACAUCCAGGGCUUUACCACUAAGGAAGGUUGUAACAAGAACGAGGACAAGAUCCUCUUCGAAGGGGUGUCCUCGCUGGUGGAGAACAGCGUGGUUUAUGCCUGCUGGAAGAAGGAGACGCACGUUUUUGCCACCUUUGCUCAGGCUGUCCGUGUGGUGCUGCUGAAGAGGUACGUGCCGAACCGCAGGGACGCACGGUUCAAAGGGAAAUAUUUCACCUUCCAGGAUGAGAAAAGCAGAUCUCCCUCCAGCAGUGCUUCAAUUCCCAGAACUCUAUCUCCAGAGCUUCCCAAACCAGGAGGUGUUUUUGAGCCUGGACAGGCUGAAGGCCCCAGGGACGUGCUGGGCUUGGCGAGCACGGACAGCACCGAGAGCUCUGGUGUGACUGCGGUGCUGCACGACGUGUCCCCGUGGGGAAGAGGCCCUGUAGGAAACCCUGAUGGGCUCAGAGGCACAGAGAUCCCACUCCUGGAAGCAAAACCUGCUCACGUGCCGGGGCCUGAGCCACCAGCAGGCCCGAGGCCCUGCGAGGAGGAUCAGUGUGGGAGCCCUGCCACGAGUGGAGAUGUCAGAUUUUCAAGUGUGCCUUUGGAAACUCCUCUGCUCAGAGCCUUGCAGGGAGCAGAGCCUUUUCUGCAGCCCACAGAUGUGGGUCAGGAAGGUGAUCUGUCCGUCCUGCAGCCUACCCUGAGGCUGGGAGAUGUGGGCAGCCCCCAGCCCACCAUUAAACCAACACACGCCGCUCACCUGAACGUAGCUGCUCGCUCACGGGCUCUGUCCCCUGGCAGAAGGGAAAGCCAAGGCCCUGUUGGUACCACCACGUACCAGGGGCUGGGUGCAGCUGGUUUGGAGGAGAACAAGAGCCAGGAGGAGGACAAAAGCCAUGGAACAGCGAGGGGUGGUGCUGGUGGCCUGGUGCCAAGUACCCCAUAUGAUCCUGUGAGGAGGGACAGCUCGCAGCUGCCACCUGAGAGAAGCCAAAGCAAUUUUGAGGGUUUGUCCACAACUCAACCCCACCUGGGAAAGGCCAGCCUCCAGCAUGCGAAGCUGAUGGGUAUUUCUCCCCUGGAAAUAAGGAAAUUCCCCACACCGGCCCUCUCCCACCCUGACCACGUCCCUGCGGGCUUAGGAUCUGGCAAUUUCUCCCCCAGGGAUCCUCUUCCUUCACAAGCAGAGGCUGUUUCCAGGUUGGACUCACCUCCAGCAGCAGCUCUGGGUUUGGGUGCUGUCAGGAGAAGGGCAGGGACCCCACCAGCCAGCCCUGGAGGACAGGAGGAGCUCUCCCCAUCACCACCCCACCACCCAUCAGCAGCCCCCACGCUGGGUGCAGAGGUGUCCCCCGGCCCCCUUGGCCUUGAGAUGAGCAAACGGGUGCUGGAAGAGGGUGGCCAGCGAGAAGAAACCCCAUCUCCUGCAGGAUUUCCAGCCAGAGGUCCCUCUGUGUCCUCCAUCCCCAGGCUGAGGUCUGUCACAGGCCUUCCUUGUCCCCAGCACCAGGGAAGACCAAAACACCACAGCAGCAUCCAGUGA